AUGGUCUUCUCCUUCCGCAACACCAGCGCUUUCAUCGCCUCCCUCUUCCUCCCCAUCACCACCUACUUCUCGCGCACCCGCGUCGGCAUCGCCGUCCCGGAAACCUUCUCCAUGAACGUCCUCUCACCCCCCGUCCAGCGCCUCCAGCACUACCUGCGCGUCCGCACCGACCACGCCGCCCCUUCCUACCACGAAGCCAUCACUUUUCUCAAUCAAACAACCCGCACCCUGCUUCCCCGCGCCAGUUUCGUCACGCAUGAAUUUGUCAAGGGUAAGCCCGUCGCCAUCGUCUCCAUCCAGGGCACAGAUCCCGCCCUACCGGCCGUCAUGCUCAACUCCCACACCGACGUCGUCCCGGCCGAACAGGACAAGUGGCUGUGGGACCCGUUCGAUGCCCGCCUCAUCUUCGCCCACCGCGAGUGGCGCAUCUACGCCCGCGGCGCCCAGGACAUGAAGGGAGUCGGCCUGCAGUAUCUCGAGGCCCUGAGCGCCCUCGUCGCCAACGGAUGGCUUCCGCAUCGCACCGUGCAUGUCACCUAUGUGCCGGACGAGGAGAUCGGCGGCGUGGACGGCAUGGGAGCCUUUGUUAACAGCCGCGCCUUCAAGAACAUGCGCAUCGGCGUCGCCUUGGACGAGGGCUUGCCUAACGAGGGACCCGCGUUUAAUGUCUACUACGGCGAGAGGCAGACUUGGUGGCUCACUGUUAAGGUCACCGGUAGCCCCGGCCAUGGCGCCACGUUUCCGGAGACGAGUGCCACCCAGCUCUUGCAUGCCAUUAUAGACAAGGCUAUGCGCUUUCGAAAGCUGCAGUUUGACAAGAUGAACGCCACCGGUGCGGAUCUGGGCGACGUCUUGGGUAUCAACAUGGCCUUCUUGAAGGCAGGUCAGCCCAAUGACAAAUUUGCCGCUGGGUAUGCAAUGAACAUGAUACCGACUUCCGCGGAGGUCGGGUUUGAUAUUCGCGUGCCGCCGAUGAUGGACCCUGAUGAAUUAGACGACAUCAUUCAAUCGUGGCUCACGUGCGAGAACGGCCAGCUGUGCCCGGGCGUGACGUAUAAGUGGAUCAUUAAAGUGAAGAACCCGUCCAUUACAAGUAGGGUUCCGGCGGAGAAUCCACACAUCCAGUCCUUUUUGGAAGGGCUCUCGCAAGCGGGGAUCUCGAAUCGAUUGAAGCAUGGCAUCUUUCCAGCCGCAACUGACGCUAGGUAUCUGCGAAUGGCGAACGUUCCAUGCUUUGGGUUUUCCCCAAUAGAGAUGACGCCCAAUUUGCUUCAUAAGCACAACGAGUAUAUCACCAUGGAUGGGUAUUUGAAGGGGUGCAAGAUUUAUGAGAAAAUCAUCAAAGAAAUGGCAGGACCAAGUCAGAAACAUGAGGAUCACCAACUAGACGUGUUUUCUUCUGCAGACAGCGGUACAGACGGCGACACUGCGAAGCAAGACCUGUAA